UGUUCAGUUGUUCAUCCAUUCGAAGUGGAUUGUUCUUUCUCAAAGGUUACCGUAAAGGAUGAAUCCUGAUGAAAUUCCUCUAUAAUAUAGAUGUUUCAACAUGUGAUUUGAGAUGAAGAUUUGUGUGCAGUGAUGCAAGCCAUCAAAAAUUCACGAAACUGAUGUGACGAAAACAGAGAAUAUUUUUUUCUCUUACGGCUGCCAUUUAGUGAAGAUUAAAAAAUCAUCGAUUGAAAAAGUAAAAACAGAUAAAAAACAUCAUUGUGCCAGAGGAUAUUUCAAGUCUCUUCAAUCGCCAGUCCAGGCAAUAGACGUAACCAAUUCCAGCAUACGCGCUCCUAUUCCGACACCUUGGCAGCAAGAUGCAUGCGGUCGGAAUCCACUCGGCCCUGGCCAUCAAGCGGCAGCGGAAACGGCGGGACAACCAGCGGAAAGUCCGGGAACGACGCUACAGCAUACAGAGCUCCGAAAGUGGGGACACACAUUCGCCCCAUGGCUCCACCCGCCGGAAGUUCCACCCCCACAAGGUGCACGCGGUCGACAACAAUAACUUAGACACGAAAGUAGUCACAAGCAUCGGCAUGCUUCACAUAGGAGUCGUAUUCGUAGUAUUCGGAAUCUUUUUACUAGGUGCUGGAUUUUUUCCAGAUAAUAUAUCAAGUCACCAGACGCAAUCCUGGCAUUUACUUGGUAAAGGCUCCUGGUGGAACGAACUGAUAUGCACGGGGCUGUUCGCCGUCGGUCUCGGCAUUUUUCUAAUCAUCUUAAACUGUGUGAUAAGCAAUCGAGAGGAGCAGGACCUCGAAAGCUACGUCCAGCGGCAGCUCACGCGAUCACGAUCCGGCCACCGACUAGAGCGCGACGUCGAGACGGGCGGCUUGACGACGCGUCACCACCGCAAAGCCAUGCAAAUUCAGAAAGGCGCCGCCGAGAGGGGCCUGGACAACUUGUCCAACUCCAACAUCCUGCUGACGCCCACGAGCAGCGAAGUGGUGACCCCGACAACGCCCUCCGGAGUGCUGGGAGCUUCCGGUGAGAUUUUGUUGGAGAAAAUCCUCGAAGAGGAUAGCAGUUACGGCGAUCCAGCAGAUUACUACUCCCGGAAUGCUGGCCAAUCUCCUCCGGGUGUCGAUAACGAUAAGCGGCUGCUGCUGGGCAAUGGCCACACCGGAGCCAUCCACAUGACGGAUAUUUAAGUAAAAGCAGUGCAGAGGAGUAACAACAUGCAAGCAGCACCCGCCCCAUAGAUAGGAGACGACGAGGAUGAUGUUUCGGUGCUCAUCAAUAAUCCCCAAGCUACUAUACCUAGCAUCCGAAAUUCAUUUUUCUAUAUUCACUCAUAAACAUUCUCUAGGAAGUGCAAAAAGAAAAUGGCGCAUUCAUCGUUUAAGAUUUAUGACGAAAUCUGUUUAAAUCAAUCCGGUCGAUCAAAUAUCUUGCCAAUUUCAGUUUCAUUGGUGGGAGUUUUCAAAAAUAUUGAUUUAAUUAGAGAGAAUUUUACCAUUCUACUGGGCAAAAUAAGCUGCACUAGUAACAAAUUGUAUGUUAUUUUAUUUACUUGGAGUUGUGUUCAAUUUCAACAACCAAAAGUUGAAGAAAAACAGGCAUGCAAAAUUUUCAACUGGAGCAUUUUUUUGGUGAUAAUAAAGAUAUGAAAGUUCAAUACCGUUCGAUCAUCUGCACCGAAUCAAGAUCGCGAGACAGGAUGCGUCUAAGAGUCUGCUGAAGUAUAUGCCCUAUGCCGACCUUUUUCGCAGUGUGUAAGUGAACAGUUUACAAUCGUCAAACUGUGCUGAUUACUUUUUUAAAGCAAUGUCGAACUACGACAUACGACUUACCAUAGUCUAAGGGUUCUCAAAAUUUUGAGUAACUUCAAUCCAUCGAAAGCGAUAGGACCCACACCACCUUACCACACUACUCAGUAUGAUUUGCAAUUGAUCGAACUCUAAAUAUGUUUACCCAGUCAUUGGCAAAAUGGCUUCACAAUCACUGCUUUAAAGCCUGAAAAUACUCUUCGUGUGAAAAACUACCGACUGUCGUGAUUUUACGAAUCUCAAUUCAGAGAUUCACUUGAACACGUCUGUCGCUCGCAAGAAUAGAUCAAUGACUGACUUUGUUUUGUUUGUUUGUCAAGUGCUGCCAAAAUAGCAAAUGUUCUCAUAGAAAUUUAUUUUAUUUUAUUCAUCUACAGUGUUGCCGAAUACAACUAUUAUUUUAUUUUACUCCUAAUUAAAUUUGAUUUAUUUUCUGUAUAUUCUUCAUCUCAUCCCUACACCGACCAAUACCAAUUAUUUGUUGUUUUGUUUUGUUUUUAAGUGCUCGAAGUUCUGUUUUAUCAAAGCCUACUUUCAGCAAUGAACUACCGAAUUUUUGGCAUGGAUCUCUGAUGACAAGCUGAAGGUUUAUAGUCGUUCUGCAUAUUUCUCGGGACAUCUAAAAUUAAAAACAACUUUGUUUACUCUUUGAAUUUUGAAGCAAGCGAAACCUCUUUCGCAUCUUAGGAAAAGGUUUUUGUGGCAUCUUCUGGAUAAUAAGGAUUUCACUCAAAAAAAAAAAUGCAACGUUUUUAUGAGUAGCGUUUAAAUGCAUAGAUGAAAAUUGAUGAAAUUUUAAGUGCAAUUACCUAGUAAUGUAAUUACGUGCAUUAUUUAUACGUGCAUUUUGUGACAAUCUGUUUAGUGGCUAGAGACAUAGCGUCCAGUGAAGAAUAUCCAUCGACCAACAUUUGUGGACGCGAUUGUGAAACAGGAAAGUCCCCUUCGGAGACCCUCAAAACAGCUGAAAAUCAACUGUUCGACAAAAGUUUAUAUGGUAACAUCGUUCAAGGAGACCUAGAUGAUCAAACGGUGAGCUAAAAUUUGAAUGAACGUAAAAAUGAUUGAAACCAUUUUUACGAUUUUUACGAUGAUUGUUCCUUAUAUUUUUUGUUUAUACUACUCUCCAUCACCAAUCGCCGACCUCCGGCUCACUUUCCGACAGGGUUGCCGAAUCACACAAUUAUUACACGCUCAACAGUCCCCCACCCGUAAACCUGGUUCGGAACCACUCUCUGGAGCCACUGGAUCAGAGUUAUCGUUAGUUUUGAAUGUUGCAUGAUGAGCGGCACUCUCUGGACCCACAGUUUGAACACUUUCCGUACACCAUCGAUCUCUAACGAUCUUACCUGAUGCUUGACCACCAGUGCUUGACCACCAGUGCUUGACAUACUGAUGGGCUGUACGAUGGUUCCUCAUGCCCAGACCUUGCGUCGAUUUCCGUCUACUACAUACACGAGAUCUCCUUUCUUAAGAGGAUCUGCUUCGUAUAACCACUUGGAACGCUGGUUGGCAGUCGGCACGUACUCUUUUGUGCACCGCUUCCAUAACUUGUCGGCCGGCUGCUGCGAUCUCUUGAAAACAUCCCGAAGCACCUCUGUAGGGUUGGUAGGUUUGAUCACUUCAUACGGCUCGUUGAGAUCUGAACCACGCAGGAAGACAUUAGGACAAAAUGCACCUACGACUGGAUCCGUAGAUACAAGAGUAAGGGGCCGGCUGUUGAUCAUGUCUUCAGUUUUAGCUAACGUAGUCCGCAGGAUUUCAUCUAUCAAUCGACGUCCGUCGUCUAAGGAUGUCAUGACUCAUCCCACUUGGAGAUGGAGUGCCAACUAGUGAUAGCAGUCGUAAAUUUGUCGGCGCCAUACAUUGUCAAUCUCUCGCACUUGUUGGAUUAUCUCCUUACUCGCUCCUCGCAAGUUCAUACCGUUGUCUGAGAAGUAUUAAGAGGCGAGACCUCGACGGCUGAUGAAACGGCGCAUCGCUAUUAUGCAUGAUUACGCGGUAAGACUGUGGGUAGCUUCGCCCAAACAACCAUACAUGUGAACACCACGAUCCAGCGUUUUUCUCUGUGGCAAUCAACGACGACUUCAACUGGAAACAUAUUUAUAGUCAAGACCAACGAAAGUAAAAGGCCGUUUGAAAGGUGUUAUUCUUUGCACGGGUAGUGCAGCCAUUUUGGGAUUCUUCGGCAUUUUCGGAUCUAACACCACACGCAGCCUCUCUCGGAUCGUCUUAUCGAGUUGGUGAGACCGCUUAUCACAAAACGUUGCUUGCUUUCGUUCUUCACCGUUCCUCGAUAUCCGGGGCCAAAUCUCUCGUGGUAUUGUAGAACAAAAAAAAUCCAUAACACAGAGGGAUUUUGGAAAAAUAAUCGGGAACUAUCUUACAACCUCAACACACCAUCUGCGUCAAUCAAAGGAACUAGCUUGAAGAGAGGACUCGAUUUUUCGAACGGCAACCAAUUUAGGAAAGGUAAAUCUGCAUUCCGCUUCAGUCUUUUGAUUUCGUAGAUCUCACUUUGGGCCAUCCUGAAGCGAACAUUUUCAGCUCGAAGAUGCUCGUCUUGCUGCAACGGAACCACUGCAUACGGAAUUUCGAUAUUGAUGACCCUUUUAAGCUUCGGAGUCGUCAGGACAGUAUCGAUGUUUUUGCCAGCAACCUUACGCCGACAGUUGGAUAUAACCCGGAAGACGCACGCCACAAUAUUCCAUUUCAAAAAUCUGGUCGCGUCGAUAAGGCAACUCGGAAGCUCAACGCUGUGGAAAAGGUGUAUUGCUUUGAUUUCCGUUUUUGUAUUUGCAUCGAGAAAGAACAGGAACUCCAUGCCACGAAACCAAGAACCCCUUUUGGUGAGUGAAUCUGCUACACUCAACUUGGACGGAAAGUAGCGCCAGUCCGUCAACUUAAAGAGACUCAGAAUUGCACCGAUUCUCGUUGAUCGGAUUGGUUGCAGGAGAGAACGAUUUGAGAAUCGCUCCAGAACUAAGUUUUGCCUAUAGAAAGAGAAUGAUUGUUCCUGACAGCGUGACUCAGGUUCUCUCCCAAAUCUGCUGCCUUCAAUUCGAGCAGUGGAAUUAAAAAAAAUUUAUCGGUGCCACUCAGGUAUGCGACGCAUCCAUAGGCAUUUCCCCCCAGCGUCUGUAAAGAUGUGAAAAUGAAUUUGGCCAAAUCGAUCAGAAGGCGUCGACUCAAAGUUGGGUCCGAACACCCUAGACCAGAUGAAACAUUGCGACCCACUGUCACUUUUUCUAAACACUCGCCGCCAAUUUUCUGGGCCCAUUCACAACCCGCUCGUCACAGGUCCUUCAUGAGCAUCUUCCCAAGCACCAUAAAAGGAGCCAACAGACCGUGCUUAGGACUUCACCUUUCUUCAGUGUUACUGGAUCAGUAGCCACUGCGUUUUUAGGUACUGCAAAAGAAAAUUCAUCGUUCUGUGAAUCCCACAUGAUGCCGAGAACCCGUUCAUAGUGUGUCGCUUUGUCUCGCUCCAAAUGGAUGGGCUCUCUGGAGCCACCGUCAACACCCAGGCUUCGAAGAACUUUAGUGGAAUUAGAUGUCCAGUUAGUGAUCUCGAAUCUACCAUUCGAGUGAAUGAAACGUAUCUUUUUAGCCCGCGCGAAAGCUUCCAUGCCAGAUAGUAGUCAUAGCAGUAGGCUGCUGCUGCUGCUGGAAAAUUAGUAGAGAACUGCUGGGCGUUGAGGUUUUGAUGUAUUGCACCGAGUACAGAGAACUAGUAGCGCCGAAGGAGGCCACAUCCAUGAUGAACACAGUUGGAUGAAACGGAAAAGAAAUCUUUGCGCCUGCUUAUCUGCAGCUCAGGGUAAGCUGGUGGUUCAUUUCUUUUAUAUCACUUUCCACGGCAACUCGGCGCUCUCGAAAUUUGCUGAUGACUGCCGGAAGAGAUGCCAGUAGAUCAGGGCCUUUGAGCAGGUAUGAAUUGAGGGAAACGGCCUUGGGACUUUGCCGCUGCAUCCCACACCACCUUAUGUGGUUUCUUCGGAUUCAGUACUUCAUUUAGCAGAAGAUACCACAAGGAAGAAGGAUUGGUAUUCAACCCUUCCUCUUUCGUGGCCUUGUGGCAGUAACCUUUGGCCAGAUACUGUUCGAUUUGUUGGUUAAUAUUUGCAGGUGUGGUUCUUGAUUGAACCGUCGUUCGAAGCUCCUCAGCCUAUUCGACGCCAUUGAAUAGCUAUCAGGCAAAAAAGGGUUCUUGUUUCCAGAUGAACCCCGUUUCGAAGCGUUCGCUUCACAUGAACGGUUGUCAAUUCUAGGAUGUCCCGGGCUCUGUGAAUUUCCUCCGAUUCCAAAGCCUGCAAAAAAGCAAAAAAAUUUACAAACUCAAGUCUAAACUUUAUUCUAAAACUAACUUCAUUGUAAAAAGAACGAAUCUUUGCGAUGGAAGACUGCAUCGAUUUGCCUCUGUAGUUGGAGAUGAUGUUGUUGACCAUCUUUUCGAUCGUUUCAAUAUCUGCAAGUCGAUGAGGAUCUUAGGUGCUGUGCCAAGCUGGAAGCCGCAAAAUCAUUUUCAGAACCUUGUUUUGAAUCCUACCGACAAACAUGCUCAUUUUGAGGUUUUUUUUUUCCCAAAAUUGAAAAGUGUUUAUGAAAUAGCCAGUAUUAUAUCACAAACACCAUAAGCGGCACAUAAGACAAUUGGACGUUUUCUCUAAAACCACUUGAUUGAUCGUUACAAAAUUUGGGCACAUGUAAACAUUAUACUACUAGGUUAUUUCACGGAAAAUUUCUAUUUCCAUUUCCAAUGUAAGUUCAAGUGUUGCUAUUUCCCUAGUACAUAGGUCGGCAACCUGCGGCUCGCGAGCCGCAUGCGGCUCCUUCUAUAUAAAGCUGCGGAUCUUUAGCUCACAGCGCAAAUAUUAUUUAUAUUUUUGAUAAACCGAUAUAAGAGUCUUGUGACCUGGCACACAGAUUUUAAUGGGUCCAGAAGAAAAUUUUAUAAUUGUAUCCUCUGUAGGUAGCAACGGAAAGGACCAAAUGGCAAAAUAGCGUUUUUGAAAGCCUUAUUUUUUUUUUUUGCUUGUCUCUCUUUUUGAAGCAUCAGCGAUCAAGAUUUAAUUUAUAAUUUACAAAUUUUAUAUUUAAACACUCACAAUCACUUGUUUUGCCCUCUAUGAAAAUUGAUCAGUUGCGAUUCCCAAAAUCGUAUUAUAAUUAAUCAACCAUUUCGAUAAAUAUUUCAAACUAUGACGUUUAACAAUUUCAAUGUUGAAAAUUCCACCUCAAUCCUAUCCUAAUUAUUUGAAUUCAAAAAGAUCAUUGCCCGGAUAUCGAGGAAAAAGACCCGGAGUUUUUCCGGUUUUAUUCGCGAUUUGGACGAAUUUAGCUAUUUUCGACUUAUUUAAGCGAAAUAAAAUCGCAUGAAUUUUUUGGAAUUGUGGGAAAAGAUUUGAAUUUUGUGUAUGUUUAUUUUGAGCUUUAGCCCUUAGCUUUGUAAUUCCAAAGAAUUUUGAGCAAAUUUUAAUUUCAUUUAUCAACUGAUUUUUCUGAAGUGAAAAGUUAAAAGACUCAUUUCUUCAUGACUUUUCAAAGAAAUUUAUGCUGUUCCUAUUACAGAAAACCAUCCCAAAAUUUCUGGUCAAAAUCACAGAAAGUCAGCUUUUUCUCGUGAAAACACAGAAAUAUUUUCGGCAACCUUGCUUUGAACACACUUAAAAUUUCAAGUGUGAUGGCUGCAACCAAUAUUUACCAAAAGCACACAAAUUUUGAACGAAGUUUCAGUAACGAACAUAUUUUUAUUUCAUGUUUUAUUAAAAGUUAAUCACCGUUGAUUUAUUUUUAUUAUUUUUUGUUUUGAAACUUCAAAAGUAUCCUUGAACUGAUUUUGACAAUUAAAAUGUACUGUUUCUUAAUUAUUUGUCACGAAUUUUCAAUGAAGGCUACAAAAUCACAUUUUUUCAGAUUUACACUGGUCAAUCCACAGAUUUUUCAUUCCAAUAAUCUUUAGCAAACAUUGAUAAUAAAUCUACAAUGCAUAGAAUUCUAUUCUUUAUUCAAUUGGACGCAGAGGAAUUUUUGAAUUUUACAGAUGCAUAAAAUUCUCAAGACACGUUCGCUUGAUGUAAUGAAUUUUGAAAAUCCUACCAGUUGUCAGGAGAAUAAGGUUUGAAGAUUAAAAUUAUCGGCUACAUAGAUUUCAUUUGAAUAUAACCCUAUGUUUUGGAUUUUUGAAAGGAUUAGCUAGAUCUGGGGAAAGAUUGAUAUUUAAAAAAUAUAUAUUUUUUUCUUUUACUCUGUUAUUUAAAAAGCUUUGCCGAAAAAAUAAUAAAAGAAUGUUGAUUAUAUAAGUAUGUUCAAAUCUUUCAUUUAAACAUCAUGCAAGUUAAGCUUAAUAUGGAUUUUAAAUUCUCUAGACGCGAUAUUUGCAAUCGCAUAAAAAUUGAUAUAAAAUCAAACCAUAUGAGAAUAGUUGUCGAUCCAGAAGAGAAUCCAUGUACUUAGUCAUAAUUAGAAACAGAUUUAAAAGAAGUUUCCAGGAUAGAAAAAAAAUGGCUUGACAGUUAUUUUCGUAAAUCCAAUUCAUUGAUCACUCAAAUGUAUAUUUUUCUAAUUAAAAAAAUCAAUAUAUCAUUUAAGUGGCUCUUUCAAACUCUGAAAUUUUGAAAAUUUGACGUUUUUGGCUCUUCCGACUCAAAAGGUUGCCGACCACUGUCCUAGUACAGUCCUUUGAGUCGUGUAACCAAUCUUAUACAACUUCUUCACAAAAAUGCACAGUUCAUGUUGUUGAACACUCACAUGACCCAUCGUUGAGUCGAUGAACACCAUGUUUCAAGAGCCGAAACGCUCGAAGUAGGUAUUGACCGAGUAGAGAUCGAUUUUUUGGGUCCGAUUUUUGAAAUGGAACUACAUAUUUUGUUGCAAUGAUAUUGGGGAUUGAUCUUUUCCUGAAGAUCGCACAUUCCUAUAGCGUUUUCGUUUGUUAGCAGAGGCAACCUAGUUCUCCACGAGUUUUGCUCUAAGAGCAAGUUCACUGGUGUUGGGAAAAAGUGAUAGAAAUUUUGUCUCUUUUCGCACAUUCUGAAAAUUUUGCCAUGCGAAAACAUUUUCAAAAUCUGUGGCCUGCAAGUUUUUUCUAACAACACGUGUUGUAUUUUCGCAUGCUGUGAUGCAAAAAUAACAAUAUUUCUAUCAUAUACGGCUGAAAUAGAAACAGUGCAGUAAAAAAAUACAACGCCCAAAGAUCUUGAAAACGUUUUUGCAUUGUAAAAUUUUCAAAAUGUCAAAAUUUCUACCACUUUUUCCCAACACCAGUGAACUUGCUCUUAUCCAUACAGAAGUCCACCAGUUUUGCCCAAACUUUUAAACCUCAAGCAGGCGGUUGCUCCCCGUAAAAGUUGUCAGUGUUGGGAGUAAGCAUGAGGGUGAGUGUAGCAACCAUAUGCAUCGAGCCGGGUGACAACUUUGUUUGUUUAUUACGAAAAAGUUUGCCCCUGUGCCAGCGGAGAAAACGAAACACUACUAGUUUUGGCCCAGAGUUUUUACUAUCAUUUUUGCUCUGAUAACGUGUGAGGUUUUUACUACCCUCCGUUGAAAAUAUUCGAUAGAAUGUGUGAAUGUGAACCCUUGAACUGAACUGAGUGACCAUCAGACUUCAGAUGAAUAGGAAAACUAUCGAGGAAACCAAAAACGUCAGUUAGAACAGUGUUUCUCAUACUGAGUGUUGAUCCAUAACCAUCAAAUGAGAAGAAUUACUUUGGGUACAGUAAACCACCAUCAACAAAAUGGCACAACUUGUUUCAAUGUAAUCCACAUCCUAAACUGUAGCGGGAUUCGACUUCCGUGAAAAAAAUCUUAUGGGCGAAAACACAAUUUUCACCUUUGGUCUUUAAGUAGAUCAUUUUCAAAACAAUCCUGAGCUCAAAAAUAUAUUUCGUUGUAACAUAUUCAACAGCUGGAAUUACAACUCGAUUUAAGAACAGAAAACAACCCAAAAAACAAGUGUCCAAUUGCCUGUACAUUCGGAGACGAUUUUUCCUGUGUAGUACAGGUAAUAUUUUUAAUAUUUUCCUGUAGGCCCGAGACUGCCUACGAAAUUUACAUGAAAAUUCCGAUUUUUAUUAUAAAUGUGAAUUUUAAGUGAAUCAUGAAAUUUCUCCAAAAACCUUCCACCCUCAUACUGCUUUUUCGGCACGGUACAUGAACUGAACCACAUGUUUAAGAUCACGAUCCCACCAGACAGAUGGUUGCCCUAAGGUUGCCAGAAUAUAUUCAGCAUCUAUCUGGGCCAAACAAAUCCAGGCUAUUUUAUCUGUUUGGUUGGGCAAAAUCCGGGCAUUUGAUUUCGAAAUUGUCGUCCCAACUCCCGAACAAUAUCCGGGCAAAUUUUAGUCAAAAUCCAAGAAUUACUCAACUAAAAUUAAGAAAAAAAAAAAUUGUAGAAUUUUUUUUCGUGAACAUUUAUCAGCGUAAUUUAAAUCGUAUUGUAGGCUUCCAAAAAACCUUUAUGAUUAUUUUUAUAAAACUCGCUCCAAAAAUUCCGUUUUGGACGCAUAGAUAAAACUUUUUAGAACAAAAUUUGUUUUUCUUUUGUAUUACUUGGCAAAUGGAGUGAGUGAAUCCGGACAGAGUCCGUUCUUUUUUCAAUGAAAUCCGGGCAACCGGGUAGGACCGGACUUUUCCUAACUUUUGUAUUAAAUAUCCGGGCAAACCCUGAUAAAUCUGAGAAAUCUGGCCACCCUGGGUUGCCCCAAUUCUACCUCCGCAGGUGGAUCCUUCGCCAACAGCUGUUACUCUCGCGCGACCUUCAGCAGCACCCUCUGCACACAGGCUUCAAUUUGUUGUACCUACGAAUGGGAACAAAUUUGAAUCAUUUUAACUCGUAUAAAGUUUUAAAAGUCUUAAUUUAAUUUUCACAAAGAACCCGGCAUUUGAUCGACUUUCUGAAAAAAUUUCAGAACUAAGCGAUUGCCACAUGAUUCGAAUAGAUAUCUUCCAGUAACUCAGGAAUCUUCACAAAUCUCGUGUAAUUUGAGAUAUUUUCCUAUGAUUUCGAGUAUCAAAUUUCCGAGGGGAAAAAAUAAUCUAGGUUUGUGGAUUUUGGGAUAGCCCUAGAAAAGUGAAAGAAGACACUACUCAAAAUUAUCUCAGUCAUAAGUUCAGUUAGCGAGAACCGUUGCCGAGAUUUUUAUCUCAUGAAAGAUUAGCAAUUUUAUGUUGUGAAUUAAGGAAAAAAAUUGUUUCGAAUUCUUCAAUUUGUGUCUUUAUUUUGAAAAGAUCCUAAAACAAUGUCAAAUCUUUAAAUUCAAUGUGUUUUCGGUUGAUCGACAUUCUCAGGUUUUCAUUUAGUUUAACAAUCAAUACUGAAAGGAUGUUUCAAAUUGUAAAAUUUGUUGAAAGUAAGAUUUUUUUAAAAUUUGAAAUCUGUUAAAUUCUUUAGAAUCGAUCUGAGUAUUUGUUUUUCGAAGUUCGUAUUUGAUCGACCGGUGCACGGAAUUCCAGAAAUUUAGUAUAGAGAGAAUGACUUAAUAUAAAAACAAAGAUUCAACUAGCUAAAGUCAAAUUCUGGACUACAAAUACUUACAAACUUACACAAACUUACAGACUUACAAAUAAUGAGGACAAAAAAGAGUAAAAAGAAACUCUUUUGUAAUAUAAAACUUAAGAAUACCGAAGAAAUUUAUGUAUUAUGUUUUUUUUCUAUAUGUUCAUCGAAAGUACGACAUAUUCCACUAGUUGUGAUCUAUUUCUCUUUUACUGGAAUUUUCAUUUAAUUGUGCUCGAAAAAUUGAUUCUUUUCUAUAUUUUAUUUCUGGACCACCCUUGAAAAUCAUCACAUUCAUCGCUUCGCAAUGCUAGCAAUCACCAGCUCUCCAAAUUGCCUAGAAAAUAAAAUUUAUUUUUUCUAUAUACUUUAAAGUGCGUAGGUAUUGAAAAAUUGCAGCAACAUUGAAAUAAAACAUCUUUAUAUGAAUGAUUACAAUGUAGAGAAAAAAAACCUAGAUUUAAGAUCAAACCCGAAUCGACUAUAUUGAACCAAACCAAAAGAAGAAGAAAAAUCACACAAUACCAUAUAGAACAUUGCACAAAAUCUCCCAGUGACACGAAUUGUACGAACUGCUGAAGAAAAGAUUAAACAUAAGCCGACUGGACUUUCAAAGCUGCUGGCAAGUUGCUGUCAGUUAAUUCACCAGAACGAUCAGCGAUGGGGUUUUACAGUUUUUAGUCUUUUUUAUACGGUUUACAUAUAUUUUAAAUUGGAUACAACAACUGAAUUCCCCCGCCGCAGUCGUAGCCAGAACAACAACAAAAAAAAAUAGAACACAACAAGACUUUUCACUUUCCAGGAUUUCUUUAAUUAGUUAUCUUAUAGGUGAAGGUGACAAGUUUGAAACUGACAUUCGUUACAGCAGCUUUCAGUGUUUAAUGGAAAACCAUCGAAAAAAAAAAAAAUUGUCCUCCGAAAUAUCGAAAAAUAAAAAGUAAAAGAUAAUUAUUUUUAAACAUAAUGAGAAAUUCGUUCCCACCUAUAGUGUCUAACUUUUGUCAUGUUGUUUAUAAGGUUACAAUUUUAUUUAAUAUAGCUUAUCCAUUUCGGUUCAUAAAACAUAAAUUUUAAAAUUUACGAUUUUCAAACUACAUAAAUUUAGAGUUAUCAAAACAUUCAAAAUUUGUCAAAAUAUUUUAAAUUUAAAAAAUUAAAAUUGACUCAGUUUUCAAAUUGCCAGUGUUGUCUAAGUUAUCAUAAAAAUGUGAAAAAAUCCCAUGAUAGUCAAAAUCAUAAAAAAUUGAAAAAAUGAAAAUAUUGUCAAAAUUGUCUGAUUUGCAAAAAAUGACCACAUUGUUAACAUUGUCCAGUUUGUCAAAAUUUGAAAAAAAAAAUCUAAAUCGUGUAAGUUUUCCAAAAUUGAUAAAUUUAUCAAUAUUAUGAAAAUUGUCAAAUUUAUCAAAAUAUUAAACAUUGUCAAAUUGCAAAACGUGAUAAAUUUUUAUCAAAACAUUUUUUUUUUCAAAAUUGUUGAAAUCGUCAAAAUUGUUAGAAUUUUCAAAAUGGUCAAAAUUGUCCAAGAUUAUCUUAAUUCUCAAUACUGUCAAAUUAAAAAAAAAUUUCAACACUUUCGAAAUUGUCAGAAUGGUCGUAAUUUAAAAAAAAGAGUUAACAUUGGUCAAGUUGCCAAAAUUUCCAGAAUUGUCAAAAGAUUGAAAAUUUUAUAAAUGGUUUGUUUAAAUUAUAUAAAAUCCCAAAAUUGUCAAAAAUGCCAAAAUUGUACAUAAUUGACUCUAUAAUGUGCUGUGAGCCUACUUGGUUGAAUAAUUCUGCUGAAUUAAAGCAAUUCAAUUAAAUUGAAUUAAAAGGAAUAUUGCGAUUGCUUUGAUUCAACAAAAUUGACAAAAUUAACAUAAUUUUUUAACAAUGUUCCAAAUUUUAAAAAACUUUUAUAAUUCUCACAAUUGUCAAUUCAAGUUCUUAUUUGACACAUUUUUAUAAAAUAUAAUAUAUCUUUAAUUAUAUCACAACGGUCAUAAAACUUGUCACCGAUAAGAUAGAAAUCUUUCGCUCAUUUAGUGAGUUUGGUUUAUAACAAAAUUCAACAACUAUAAGCUUACGCUUUUCAUUGCAACUGAAUUGUUAAUUGCAUAUUCCAUACACACUUCAGCUGUCACUCAAUCUCUCAAUCACAUGCAAACGCUGAAUAAACAUAAUGAAACAUAAUCAUAAGAAAUGUCACGAAAAUUAAAUAAAAAAACAUCAAUAAUGUUAAACAGAGAAGCAAAUGAAAAAAAAGAAACAUUUUACGAUAAAAGCACAAUACCCACGAGUAAAACAACAGCAAAAAAAACACUUUAUAGCUGAAACAUUCAAUCGGUCACGAAACGAUUUUCGUUUAAACCAAAACUGUCUACUAAUUACGCUUGCCAACUAACGUCGACUUAAAUUCAUGACAACAUUACUGUGUAUUAUACUCAAAACCAUAUUAUUGAAUUGUAAGAUAUUUUUUAAAUAAACUGUUUGAAAACAUACCAAAAAGUCAACACACAAAACAAAAAAAAACAAGGAAACGCCGAAAUUGAUGAUUGCAGGCAGACGCUCUGCUACUGGGCGAAGAAAAUUAAAUAACGGCAAAAAUCAUAACGCUGAUAUAUGGGAAAGGGCAAACAAAAAAAACUUCCCAGUAGGUAAAUGUAUUUGAUUUGAAAUUUUUGAUGUUUGUGACCAGAUAUCGUAUUAUAGAGAAAAGACAGAUGAUUUGAUCACACGUUGAAACGAUACUUAUUCACAUAUUUCAGAGCUAUUUAAAACAAACAAACAAAAAACAGUGAAUAACAACAACAAAAAAACAUUGAAGAAAACUCUCAAUAAAAAAAAAUCUAGAUAAAACUUUUAUUAAAUCAAAUAAUUGUCGUUAAUAGCGCAAAAUGUAAACGUUAGGCAAAGCUACAUAACACCGAAUAUAUGACAACCAAACAGAAGAAAAACACAACUUCAAGACAGCAAACUCUUUUUUGCAUAUGUCAGACCGAGACAGAGAAAGAGAGAGGAGGAGAGUAAGAAAAAAAAAUCAACACCAGAAAAAUCUAGAGCAUUCGGAAAUCUAUAUUCGCUGUGCUGUGCAAAUCUUUUCGCCCGCUCAGAUUGACAUAUUGAAAUAAAAUUUAAAAAAUCUUCCAUACAAACCA